AUGCACGCGCUUCUUGCAACUUACUUCGUCUCGACUCUCAGGCGGAGAUCUGCAACGCUGCCACAGCAAGCACUAACCUGCGACGGGCAACAUGCGUCGCAGCCGCCGGGAACCGACGACUCCAUUGCCGACCUCGGCCUCCGGAGGCUGGAGGCCGCCGAUGAGGCCGUAAGGAGGUGGGCAUCUCGGGGCGCGGCCGUCGAGGACAGCGACGGCGUCGUCUCCUACUCGGCUGGUCUUGUGGCGGCGGUCAAGGACCUCAUCUCCCUCCGCUCAGGUGGUGGCGGCCUCUACGAAAUCGCCUUACAGGUUGCCAUGGUACACCUUGAGGAUGACUUCCGCCAAGUUCUUACUUCAGGCACAUAUUUAUACCCCCCUAACAGUCUCCAAGAAUCACUGCACGACUGCAUUGCCCCCUUUAUGCGAUCCUUCUCAUUUUCAUCAAUCCCCAACUUGGAAGAUCUCAGCUUCUCAUCAUUUUCCACAAGUCCUAGUGGUGAGAGCCGAAGUUAUGGUACUGGAUAUAGCAGCGGUCCUGUGUGCAUGGAGAAAGUACACAUGUAUCUGAUUGACCCUGAAGCUUCGAUCUAUCUAAAGGAGAUUGCUGAGCUUAUGAUACUUGCUGGCCAUGCACCAAACAUGUGUCGUGAUUACGGAGAAACACGCCACAACAUGUUAAUGCAAUGCCUUUCUCUGCUCGGUGUUCAGAUUGAGCAAAAAAGCCACAACAACCAAGCAGAAGCAACUGCCAAUGGCGCAUGCAGCAUGCAGCUAUAUGAGAAGAAUCAGAAAAUGUGGAUCCAAGCACUCAGAGUCGUUGUCAGCAUAGUCCUCCCUGAAGAACGCGACGCUUGCGCUCAGAUUUUCGGGUGUGAUCGUAAGGUGGAGGAGGAUUGUUUUGCCAGAGCCACCACAGGGUGUACUGGACAAUUGCUCGCAGUUGGAAGUAUGAUGACCAAUGUCAAAGUGAAUGACCAGCAAUAUCAUAAAGUACCCCUGCUUCUACAGAUGCAUGAGGAAUUGGUAAAGCUUCAACCAAGUAUAAAUGUCCUCAUGUCUGGUGAUGCCAAGGGUGUGAUUAGUGAGCAGGCCAGUUUGCUUCUAGAUAAGCUUGGGGAAGAAGCAUCAAGUCUCCUUCUGGAGUUCCUGAAUGUAUAUUCUAACCUUAAACCAUGCCAACAUAAAGUACUUGAUGGAGAUAUCCUGCCAUUGACACGCCAUGUCAUCAUUUUUAUUGAACUACUUGUUGAGUACAAUGACACGAUCAAUCAUAUAUUACCCCGUGUGGAGGACGACGAUGAGGGGAAGGGGAAGGAGCAGAGCACAAAGAGAACUAAGAGUCGCUGGGAACGUUAUGUGCUCAUGUUGCUCGCUCGUUUGCAGCUGAAGGUUGAGGAGAAUGCUGAGUCUUACGAGGACGAGCGCAUGAGGUACAUUUUCCUGAUGAAUAAUGCAAUGCAUGUGGUUAAAGGCUCAGGGUCUCCCGAUCUGAGUAUGUCCAUGGGGAACGACAACCACCAACAGCUUGUCAUACGGGUGGAACAGUAUGCGACAGCUUACCUUCGAGCAUCAUGGACUGAAGCUCUGCUUCAGUUGAGUGAUCACGGUGUGAGUAAAUAUUCUGUGAAUUUCGGUCCAGGAUCUGUCUCUCAAUGGAUGAGAAAAAGCAUGAAGAAUUUCAAUUCGGCAUUCGGAGAAAUAAGCAGGGUCCAAACGACAUGGAAAGUGCCCAACCCUCAACUUAGACAACACUUACGGUUAAUUAUAUUGCAGCAAGUUCUUAACGCUUAUCGCACACUUUUAGGAAGGUAUGACUGCUGUCUGGGAAAAAAUCCAAGCAAGUACAUAAAGUACACUCCUGACGACAUAGAGAAUCAUGUUUUGGACCUGUUCGAAGGUUAACAAGGAUCAGCGGUAAGUAGUAGACACACAAAUGGAGGUGGAUGAUAAUCAUACGUAGCAGAGUAUGGCCUAUUCAGCCUAUUAAUCAUGUACUAGUGUACAUGUACAUCUGUAAUAUAUUUUGUGCUUAUAUAUUGAUCAAUGAUUCAGAUUUCAGAGAAGUAGACACGGACAACUGCCUAUACUGGUGUGGUGUCUACAUAUUGCACCGACACAUCAUGAGGAUCAAAAUUUUGUUGUACAAACCCUGUUGUGUUGAUAUUGGCCAAUAGCCGAACUUGCGAAUAAAGUACUCCACAUAUCUCUCCCUUCUCGCCCCGCCAUCUCACUUUUGCUCUUUUAUAAUUGGAUCUCUCAUGUGUUGGAUUUCUGGUUUCCUGAGUUCAGAUAGGUUACAUAGUACUCCCUCCGUUCGGAAUUACUUGUCGCAAAAAUGGAUGUAUCUAGACGUAUUUUAGUUCUAGAUACAUCCAUUUCCAAGACAAGUAAUUCCGGACGAAGGGAGUACAUGAUUGCAUUAUUUGGGU